AUGGCUGCUACUUGGAAGGAAGUCUCGGUAAAGUCAUGGGCAGAAUGGAAUGCGGGGUUCAGCUGCGCUGUCACCUUGAUGGACAGCAAACUAAACCCUAAAAAGGCCAAAUUCCAAAGCGCCUCUGCUGCUGCUGCUGCUGCUGCUGCUGCUGCAGAAUCGCUGGCUGCAGCCCCUUCUGCUGCUGCGGGAACGGGUGGCAGUGAGCACCAGCAGCAGCAGGAGUAUCUCCAGCGCGAAAUUGAGAGUACAGCGCAGCAGCUAGCAGAGCUGCAGGAGCAGCACCAAACCCUAAAGCAGCUGCUGCAGCAAUGCGUGUCAGACGCCGAAAGGGCAGAGCUGGCCGAUGCUGCCGCAGCAACAGCAGCAGCAGUAGCAGACACCGCGUCUGCGCUAGAACUAAUGCGAACCUCUCUUGUGGAAACUCGCAAGCUGCAAGUGCAUCAUCUGCUGCUGAGCUUGCAGCACGAGCAGCGCCAGCAGAAAUCCGCAGAUGACGGCAGCACCAGCGACUCUGCGAUGAGCGUCUCUGAUGGCGAACUAAGCAUCGAGAGCGGAGAAGAUACAGCUCCCAAGAGCAGAAACAGCACCAACGGCCUGAGCGGCAGCAGCCACGGCAAGACACCACCCAGUGGACGAGAAGGCAGCUUGUGUGUCUUUGCGUCUCUCCAAACAAACGGCAGGGAUGGGCUGCAGUAUGGCAGAGUGAGGGCAGCCGUGAAGGGUACACCUUUCCUGCAGCAGUUACUCCAGGGAACCUCCACCAGCACCAGCACUAGCAGCAAAAGCGAUGGAUCUUCGGAUAUCUGUGAGGCUUUGCCAGCGGGAGGGUGUGAGCUGCGUACUGCGCUGCUUUUGCACGAACAGAAGGAGCAAAGACAGAGCCAGCAGCUGCUGCUGCAGCAGCAAGAGCCGCAAAAACUGCCUCUGCUGCUGCUGAUAGUUCCAGCCUGCCCUGAGGCUCUGCGUGAAGCACCUUGCCGUCACAUUUUGGAGGCAACCGAAGCGGCUGCAGCUGCUUUUCAGGCGGCAGCAGCAGCUGCGCAGCAACAGAAAGUGCAGGAGCCACACGGUAGAGAAUGCGGCAGUCAGCGUGAGGCUGCAGCAGCAGCAGGUCUGCAGCUGGAAGUCGAUGGCGCAGCAGCAGCUGCUGCUGCUGCGGCAGCAACGACUCCUGCGGGGACGGUAUCUCUGGACGAGCUUCGGGAGAGCUGCCCCUUCAACAGCCGCUGCGGCUGGUGCCACGGUGUGCUGCUCCCUCCCGCUGCAGUCACCUUAGUGCAAUUCAGUGCGCACAAGAUCAUCGAGCAGCAGCAACAACUGCAACGGCAACAGCAGCAGCAAGAGGAGGGCUGUCUUGUACGGGGUAGCAGGGUGAUCGUUAGGCUAAGACGCCAGCAGUGGCAGCCAGGCUCCCUGCGGCAGCUGCUGCGCAAGCGCAAGCACUCAGCAGCAAAGGAGACUGAAGUCUCUGCGGAUGUGCUUCCCCUCUCCGCAGCUUCUGCGCAGAAGCAGAGUGGCAAGCAACACCAGAAGCAACAACUUCAGCAACAGGAGUACUCGUGGUUCGCACGCGUCUUGCUGGAUGGCGCAGCAAGCAGCAGCAGUUGCAAUCCCGAAGGAGCAGCCGAUCGCAAAGGGAGGCUUCACGUUUGCAGAGCGCAACAUCUGGUGCCUUCACUUAUACAGCGGCAAGGACAGGAAGGGCAAGAAGAAUCGGGUGUACAGACACCUUCUGCGCGGCGAAGCGCACUCAGGAGCAGCAGCAGCGCUGGUAGCAGCAGCAGCAGCAGCAGCAGCAGCGAGUCGGAGGUUGCAAUAGAAACAGACGGCAGCAAUGGAGACGUCUCUGACGGCGAGAAGAUGCAUCAGCAGCGCAAAGUGCAGCGGCUGCAGCAGUUGCUGGGGAAGCCCGCAGCAACUGCCGCAGCACAAAUGCUGCGACGAGCACCACGUUGCCACAAGACAAGUUGGUGGCAGCCACUGCGGAGCACUAACCCUAACUCUGCUGCAGCAGCGGGUGCAGCAAACAGCAGCAGCAAGAAAAAUUGCUGCCCCUUGAGCAGCAGCAGCUACUUUGGCGUCUGGAUGCUGCAUACGAGUGGCGUCGGUCUGCGCAUCAUGGAGCGCCUCGGGUACAAGCUGGGGGAAUGCUUGGGGAAAAGGCAACGACUGCUUCAGCAGCAGCAGCAGAAAGAAGGAAGUGAAGGGCUAGAGCAAGGUUUAAGCGCGGAGAAAGACUCUUUCUUGCUGAAUCCACUUCCCAUCGAGAUACUGCCAUCUGGGUAUUCGCUGGAUUACAUUCGCUGCCCCCGUGUAAGGCGCGCAGCAGCAGCAAAAGAAGCUGCAAAAGCAGCUGCCGCUGCAGUUGCAGAAGAAGGAGAUGGAGCAUUCCGUCUGAUUCGAGGGGUUGGUCAAGGGGCUGCUGCUGUCGCGAGUGCCGCUGCUGCUGCUGCCGCCGAUGAGCGCAAGAAGCAGCAGCAACAGCAAGACUUACAGGUGCAGCAGCAGCUGCACAGGAAGUACAAAAAAUCCGAUGAGCAGCAGAUGCGGCGCGAGCUGCUGCAGCUGCAACAGCAGGUGCAGCAGGUGCAGAGUGAACUGGAAGCUGCCGCAGCCAACUGCCGCAGACACCAGGGAACUGCCACGGAGGGCCAUAGAGUGCACGAACAUUAUCAGCAGCAACACGCACAGCUGCAAGAACAAAAGCGACAGCUUCAGCAGCAGCAGAAACUGCUAGAGAGAAUGCUGCCCACCAAAAAGACUAACAAGCUGUCGAAAAUCUUCUGA